UGGGUUAUAUAUCCCUGCAGUGUGUCUGAGUUUAGGGACCUGGGAAGGAGGAGGAUCCACCUUUAGCUGGGCUCCUCCUCCCUUCAGGGCUGGGGCUGAGAAGGAAAGAAGGAGGAGAGCCUUGGCUGCUCAUGCUGCUGCUGCUGCUGCUGAGCCUGAAAGAGAAGAAGGAGAAGAAGGGGCCGGUUCCACAAGUUUUGACAGUUCAGAGGAGGAGGAGGAGGAGGAGGGACUGGCUCCCUCGAAGGCGACGGAGGGAAGGAGCAGAGUGGCUCAGGGACUCCCAAUCCGCCCGGCUUCUCCUUCUCUCAGCCUGCCUCGCCCGUCCUCCAAAGGAAGGACCAUGUCUCGGGACCCCGAGGAAGUCAACAAACUGACGGAAAGCACCUAUAAAAAUGUUAUGGAACAGUUUAAUCCCGGGCUGCGGAAUUUAAUAAAUCUGGGCAAAAACUAUGAAAAGGCUGUUAAUGCUAUGCUUCUUGCUGGAAGAGCCUACUAUGAUGGUGUUGCGAAAAUAGGCGACAUUGCAGUUGCAUCACCUGUUUCUAAAGAACUGGGUCACGUUCUCAUCGAAAUUUCUAUUGCACAGAAGAAACUAAAUGACAGGCUAGAUGAAAGUUUCAAGAAAUUCCAUAAAGAGAUUAUAUCUGAGCUGGAGAAGAAAACUGAACUAGAUGUAAAGUACAUGAAUGCAACUUUGAAAAGAUAUCAGAAUGAACAUCGAAGCAAACUGGAUUCUUUGGAAAAAUCGCAGGCUGAACUGAAGAAAAUUAGAAGGAAAAGUCAAGGAGGAAGGAAUGCAACAAAAUAUGAGCAUAAAGAAACGGAAUUUUUGGAAACGGUCAGUUCUCGACAAAAUGAUAUCCAAAGAUUUAUUGCUGAAGGCUGCAGAGAGGCUCUACUUGAAGAGAAAAAAAGAUUCUGCUUUCUGGUUGACAAACAUUGCAGUUUUGCCCAACAUAUGAAGUAUUACCAUGUAGAGUGCUCAGAGUUACUUAAUGCCAAGUUACCUGGAUGGCUGGAAACCUGCAGCGAUGCUACCAAAGUGCCAGAGAAAAUCAUGACUAUGAUAGAAGAGAUAAAGACCCCUGCCUCCACUCCAGUAUCUGGAACGCCUUUGCCAUCGCCAAUGAUAGAGAGAAACAAUAUGGUUGGAAACAGCUAUGAUUCACUUCACAGAAGUUCCCCCAAAGUGCCCCCUGCGCCUACAGGGAGAGCCUAUACUAGUCCUUUGGUGGAUAUGUUUAAUCCAUCAGUGGCGUCAAAAGCAUCUUCUGAGAGAUUAAACCACACAACAGAUCAUGCUGAUGAUUCCAGUUUAUCACGAUCAACCUCGGUUGCCACAGGACUAAACAUAAUGAAGAGGCAGAAAGUUAAAACCAUCUUUCCACACACUGCUGGGAGUAACAAGACUCUGCUUAGUUUUGCACAGGGAGAUAUCAUCACGCUACUUGUGUCUGAGGAAAGGGAUGGCUGGCUGUACGGAGAACAUGAUGCUACUAAAGUGAAAGGAUGGUUCCCAUCAUCCUAUACAAAGCCACUGGAAGAACCUGUUGAGGAGACAAUCCAUGUCCCUGUGCCAAGUCCUGCACACAUCCGAAGUGUCAGCUCAGUGAACUUAACAGAGAGAAGUGGAGUUGUCCUUCCUCCAGCAGACUAUUUGGUAACUGGGCAGUCAAGAACAUCUUCAGAAGCAAGAGUGGAGCCUUCAAAAAGUACUACUGUUAAAAGUCCAGCGGCCAAACCAGAAAACAUGGCACCUAAACCUGACAUGAACGGCAUUGUCAAACCCCCUUUCCUAAGUGGAGAAAACCCUUUUGCUACUGUCAAACUCCGACCAACAGUGACCAACGAUAGAUCGGCACCAAUACUUCGAUGAGCAAGAUUAAAUACUUUUAUCUUCCUUUGUAAAUUACACUUCUUUAGCAGUAUGGUUUUUAAAAUGCUGUAUGACAUUUUUAAAGUUUAUUUAAAUGUAAUUAACGUGUACAGUAGAAAAGCGUGACAAAGAUUUCCCGACUUUAAGAAAAUGGUUGCUUCCUCCAUCUGCUGAUCAUCGACGGCUGAGAUGCUUGAAAACCCUCUUGAUUUUACAGCGUGCCUUCAAUAGGAAAACGAAAUUGCUAAGACUAGGGAAGAGGUUUGAGUACUGUCAUUACCAGCGCCAUUAAUCUUUCUUCCUCUAUGCCAGUUGUAUGGUUCAUUUUAUGGGUAAGUUCUGAUUAUUUAAAUAUGCUUGUACUGUUUACAUUGAUACAAAAAUCUUAGCUGAUUUUUUAGAUAGACAUGCCAUUUAAGAAUUGCCUUAAAGUUGUAUAAAGUAGUAUUUUCUUUAUACAGGCGUCCCACAUAUUACACAAGGGAUCUAUUCAGUACUAUUUACUAUUUGUCUGUAAAACUGGGAUCCUAUUUCUCGUCCCUGAAAUGAACGAUGAAGUGUUCUCCGUAGGCAUUUUCUGGGUCCUCCAGAGCAAUUCUAUGGUAUGCUUCCACAGGAGGACCUACAAGUGCCUAGAGAAGUGUUUUCUCUCAUCUCUAGGUCCUCCAAUGCAACUCUGUAGUCACCAUAAAAUUGCAUUGGAGGGCCUAGAAAAUGCUUAGUGAGAACAUAAUUUGUCCAACACAUGAAAGUAAACCUGUGUUAGAUGAGCGUGUAAUACAUGGGCCGCCUGUAUCAGUUUAAAUGAAUGUCUUAGGGUUGCAGCCGGAAUAAAUAUUUAUCUUUUCAGCGAUCAGAAAAUGUUAUAUUCUUUAAGACGGUUUGCAGUAUGUCAAAGCACAACGUAACUUAUAUCAUUGGUCUGAACAGGAUUCUAUUUAAUAGGACGGUUAAUACAAAUUUUGAGAGACGAAUAGUUGUGAAUAGAAAAACUAGAUACCUGUAUUCCUUUGCUGUACUGUACAGUCCUUUUUAAAAACAAAUGCAUGAUCUUAGCUCAAAUCUCUAGGACAGAGUCAUAGAGCGAUUAAGACUUACACUACAUGCAAAUACUGUAAAUAUUUCGUUACCGGAUAGGAACUCAAUCCAAGGGAGUGAGUUUGUACCUUUAAAAAGUAGGUCUAUAUACUUCUCAGAGCCUCAUAAAUGAAGUGGUGGAUUUGUCUUUCUACAUAUGACAUGAUCUUAAGUAUACAGAUGAUGUAAGAUCACCCUCCCAAAAAAUUUGUAGAUCUAAUAUUCCAAUUCCACCUGAUUAAAAUCAUCUUUCCAGGCUAGAAGGAUGCUAUUCAUAGUUGUGUGAAGAGUCUGAGUGAGCUGCUAUUAGAAAGUGCUUGUUGUAUGUCCAUAAGCACCACAAACAACUAUGUUUGCUUAAAACUUCUGUAUUUUCCAACACUUUGUACAGCUGCAGGAACCAAUUGGUGUAAACCAUCACUUGUUUUGAGGACAACUUAUUGGAACUCAGAAUCAAUAAACAAUGAGAUGAAACUGGUGGUUUGGUGCCAACUUCA